AUGAAAGAGCCUAGGAUUUUCCCUCGAGAGCGGCCAACUCCUUGGACUCGUGCCCCCCUGCCACCUCGAGGACGGCUGGACGGUUCCCUAGGACCCCAGGGGGGUCCUGUUCUAAACACAGGCCACCCACUGGGUAUGAACUCGGAUCCCUUCCUUAUGGCAGGCAGUUCUCUUGGUGGAAAUUUGGCCCCAUUUCCAAGGAACCCCACUCCUUUUCCCACUUCAUCAGGCUCACUGGCUUCAAAUCCAGCACCUUUCCCUGCUGGUGCUCGUGACCCAGGCCUGGCUUCUUUCCCGAGAGGGAUGAACCCCACUGGCACAGGUGCAGUUUCUUUCCCAAGGCCAGGUGGUCUCUUGGGCCCAAGCCCAGGGUCAACUCUGAAUCCUAGGGCAGGGGCUCUUCCAGGCCCAGGGCCUCUGUCUAACCCAAGGCUAGGGGGUCUCCCAGGGCCAGGUCCAGUGUCCAACCCAAGGCCAAGUGGUCUUCUGGGAACAGGUCCUGACCUCAGAAGUGGUGGCCCCAUGGGCCCUGGAUCUGGACCCAGCCUGAGAGCAGGUGUCCUGUUGACUUCUGGGAAUGGUCCUCCCAAUCCUAGACCUGUUGGCCUGGGCCCUGGACCGAGUCCCAAUCUGAGGUCAGGCUUUGUAGGUACAAACCCUGCCCCGAGGUCAAGUAUGUUUCCAGGUCCCGGCCUUGGGCCCAACCCAAGAUCAAGUGGCCUGGGCCCAGGCCUUGGGCCUAAUCCAAGGGCAGGUGGCCUGGGCCCAGGUCCUAAUCUGGAUGCCAGAGCAGGUGGCCUCUUGGGCACAGGAUCUGGUCUUAACUUAAGAAUGGCUGGGCCUCAAGGCUUAGAUCUUGCUCCCAUUCUAAGAGCAGCAGGUCUUUUAGGAGCAAAUUCAGCUGCUUUCUCACAGGCUUCUGGAAACAUGGGCACAAGCCCAUCUUCCAUGGCCAGACUUCCUGGCCCCAUAGGCCCAAAUUCAGGGCCUGGCUCUCGGGGAAUUAGCCUUCCAGGGCCAAAUCCAUCUCCCCUGUCAAGGGCUCCUGGCCCCAUUGGCCCUAAUUCAGCUCAUUUUGCAAGGCCUGCUGGCCCUAUGGGAGUAAAUGCUAAUCCCUUUCCAAGGGGGACAGGUUCAGGGGGGUUGAACCCAGCUGCCUUCUCUCAGUCUUCUAACACAUUGGCUUCAAACCCAAUUAACUUCCAGAGGUCUGCUGGCCUCCAGGGUUCAAGUCCAGCAGUUUUCCCAAGAGCCUCUGGGCCACUAGGCCCCAACCCAGCUAACUUCCCAAGGGCCACUGGCUUACAGGGUCCAAGUCCAGCUACCUUCCCCAGGUCUACUGGCCCGUUAGGCCCUGGUCCGGUUACCUUCCCCAGGCCAGCUCCAGGGCCCCUAGGCUCUUCGCCAGCAGGCCCCGUGGGUAUCAACCCAGCUCCUUUUGCAAGGCCAACUGGGACCCUGGGUGUAAACCCAGCUUCCUUUUCAAGAAUGAAUGGCCCUGUGAGCAAGACUUUGGUUCCAUUUCCUAGAGUGGGGAGCCUCCCUGGCACAAACCCGGCUGCUUUCCCCAGACCAGGGGGUCCAAUGGCUGCAAUGUACCCAAAUGGAAUGUUACCCCCUUAA